UGCGUCUACCCGGAAACCCCAGCGCCACACGAGGAACUGGAACUGGAUCGUUGCCAAAAUCAGACCCGAUAAUGCGCGAAACUCCCAACAAGCUGAUGAUGAAUCAGGAUCCCUCGGACAGUAGGUGCUUUUACUUUUCUUUCGUCGACCCGUCGCUUGUUUUAGAGACAUGAUAUCACGUCGGCUCGAUCGAGUCUCACGUUCCUUUCCACCGUGAUUACGAGAGCGCCGCGUAAGUCAGGAUCCGAUAUUUCUAGAGGAUCAUUGCACUCGCCCAUUCAACUACCCGAUGCGAAUAUAUCUGUCUCUCCCUUCUGGAAGGAAGUCGUGCAUGGUCGGAGGCCUCUUGAAACGCGGCCGUCACUGUCAUCGCGGAUAGGCAUUCUCGAAAACCGAUGAUAUGAGAUGGAGGAACACAACAAUACUUCAUGGCCGUUACCUUCCAGCGACAUGAGACGAGACAUCACAGUGGACAGCACGGCCGCUAAAGUGACGAACGAAAACACAACAGCCCUACCAUCACCUCAUGAUGUAAAACCGCAGGAUGAGACGAGCAAGACUCACAGCUCGCCGGAGCCCGUCAUGAACGAAAAGAUGGAUUCCUCAUCCCAUCCAGGUCUCAUGAUACCUGAGGCACAUACCAAUACCAACUUCAACGCCGGCACCAACAGCGACACCUUCAUGACAUCCAACGCACCGCUAACGUUCCUCCGACGCAAAUCCAGAUUCACGGGCCGAUAUCGAUACACUCUCCUCUCGCAGACAAGUUUGCGCAACAGUCUACUCCCACUAGCCGGUUUUCUCGAACUGGCCAAUGCAGGCGACUUUGCGGCCAACGUGUUCAACGACGUCCCCGUGCCCGCUUUCGCCGCCGCCUUGAUGGGCAUAGGAGGCUGCGUCGCGCUGUUCUUCGCCGUUGUCGCCAUCUACGAUGCCCACCUAGCCUGGCAGAAUGUAUGCAUACUCCGUCGCGAGCGACGAACCCUCCACUCCUUGUCAUCUCGUCCACAAUACCGCCAGCAAUCCGGCACCACCGAUGCGAACGCGGACGCAGAAAAGGAAGAUCUCAGUACUUCUACCGACGUGAGAACCACUGCCCGGCCCCGGCCACCACCUCCAAACGCAGGCCUCGACCAGGCCCAACCCCACGCCUUCGCGCUGCGCGUCUACAUUGACGUCAACACCUUCGAACUCGGCACCGAAAUCAUUGACCGCCUCAUGAUGGACGUGACCAUGGGCUUCGGCGCCGUGCUCGUCGGCGUGGGCACGCUCAUGGCCAUCGGCGGCGCGAACCACGACGUCUUCCUCGCGAGCAACCUGCUGUCCGGAUACAUUGGCAACGGACCCGCCGCGCUGGCCGGCCUCCUGCGCGCCGUCUGGUCGGCUUACGUGUACCAGCGCGCCAGUCGACACCAGCGCACCGCGCGCAUGGCAUUUGCUGCGAAGCAAACCAAGGUCGACGUCAACCUCAACGGCAACCGCGGCUCUGGCUUGUCCGAAUCCAAGUCUGACGCUUUACCCCCUCAAAGAGCCUCCGGUAUUAGGCAGGAGUCGGCGCUGCGCUCGUACAACAGACGGUAUCGAAUGGUCAAAAUCUACGCCGUCUUAGCUGGACCGACGAGUCUCGUCGCCGGCGCGGCCUCAACCAUCACGGCGACCCGCUGGUGGGGUUACACCAUGCUCGCGCCCUGCGUGGCUCUGUCGUGGUUGUGCAAUUGGCUUUUCAGGCGCUACAUCGGCUAUACGAGGCCCAUUCCCAUCCCCAUCUCUAUCUCCGGCAGUGAUAACGAUGAUGAGGAACAACAACGCCAGUCCGGCCCUGUGCCUGAAAUUCUCGCUCAAAUAGACGAGGACCAAUUGAUCGGCCACUUGACCGAUGCCAUUGAGACCAGAAAAAGUCUCGAGGCUGCCAAGACGCAGACGAAGAAGGGGACGACGACGACGAGUCGAAAGACAGAGACAAAGACCUGUACCAACGACAUGCCCGCAACUGCGACUCGCACGUCCAUCUUCACAUUUCUCACCAAACUCAACCUGCUCGAACCCUUCUACCUCGCCCUCCUCACGUCGCCCACAUUCGGCCGCGAGAAACUGCAAGCCGCGACUGUGGGUCUGGAUCUGGAUCUCGAUCUCCGCAAAGACACAGAUGUCGUUCAAAUAGAACGAGAACGAGAUCAAAAAGAACAACAACAAAUUCCUCUCACUACUCAAAACGGCACCAAGUCGAACUCGAACUCGACCUCAAACUCCAACUCCAGCUCCAGCCCGACCAUCAUCAUCGACGACCCUGAAUACUUACUCUCAAAUCUGCUCGGUAUUGCAACUUCAUCCACAUCCACAUCCACACCCUCAACAUCACACUCACCCUCAUCCUCCGAAACCGCCCACGACGGCGUUGCUCCUGUUCCGGCUCAGGUUCAUAACGAGAAUGAAAACGAGAAUGAAAACGAGAAUGAAAGCGAAAAUAAAAAUGAUAUCGACUUUGACGGCAUUACGACAACCGCCCGCUCAGUCCUCUCAUCUCACGGCAUCCUCCACGCUCGGCAUCGAGAACGGUUUAUCAUUGAAUUUCUGGGAUGCUGGAUCCAUCACCUGCAUCACCAGCGUCACCAGCCUCAGCAGGCUCAGCAUGACCAGCCAUUCCCAAAGACGACUCAGAAGGCAUAACAUAAAGACGCAUGGCAUGAAUAACAUAGAUGAAAGGCCUCGCGGCCAAAAGAAAAGCUAACGGAAAUCAAUCGUAAUGUUGGAAACUAUUAUAUUUGGUGCCAUCCAGUGUCCCAUACCCUGUACCCCAAGUUUCAAUCGCUAUGCUACGGACAUGCGAGUCUCUUUUAUAACAUGUUGAUCACAUAGGCUUACCCUUUAACAUCAUCCCAAGAUGGUGUAGGCCACCCACAGUCAAGUCGAGUUGAUAUCAAUUCGGAUUGACAACUGAAUGGCUUCUACUCCUCGAAGCGGAACGAACAUAUGAUUCUCCCCUGGGUGUGGUAGCUAGAUUGAACAUGGUCCGCGGGUUCCCCAUCGGCCCUUGAGUGAAGAGUUCGGCAGGUAUGAUAGCUCGAG